UCAGACCACGCCUCGCUUUGUUACUGUGGAAACCAAUGAGACUGAUGAGUAUAGUGAACCAGAUGGUCACUCAGUUAGCUCGCAGUGGUUAGCCAAGCUGCUAACCCAAAGCUGUAGUGUUGUUGUAACGGUGUAAAAGUCAACGUGAGGCGGAGCCGCUGUGACCUUACCUUGGCGGAGUAAACUCACAGGUUGCUGCGUGACUCAGUGGGUCUUUGCCAAAAAGGUUUCCACAUGCUUUGACCCUGACCCGUACAGAAGUACCUUUGCUUGCAUGCAUGCAUGCAUGCACACAGACCUCUACUGACCCACGCUUGCAUCUUGCAUAAUCUAAACACUACUUUCACACAUACAGGAAACCCACAGCAAACACAUGCUCAGACCUGUUUCACUGAAGAGCUGACCACAAACCCAGCCACUGAAACCAGCAAAUACACAUUAACCGCCCCCCUUCUCCCACCUCCUUUUACUCUUCCUCCCUCCUGCUCUCUGCAUACCUCUGGAGCUGCGCAGAACGUCUCUGCUCUUCCUGGAUGUUGAAUUUGUGCAAGCAACACUGAGAAACACCAUUGCUCUUCCACUGAACUAUUGAGCCAUGUCCAGUUUGAUUACCAUACGGAUAUAAUUUAAGAACACCAACUUUUUGGAUUAUAACAAUGACUUUUGUUGGAAAUAUUAGACCUUUUUUGACUUUGAACUCAGAAGAUUUUGACCAAAUGAGAACCUCCCUGAUGAAUCUUUCUGGAUACCUUCUUCCAAAGUAAGUGAUCAGGAUGAGAACUAUAGACAUUAUAUGUUCUAUUCAAAUAAAAUACCAGUUCUUCUUCCAUAUAAGAAACUAACUAAAAGGUGGUAUACACAUAUAUACCAACCAUCAAGCAAUACAAAUGGUUCCUCUUAAGUCAAACCAGACCGCGAUGGGUGAAGAAGCAGAGGAGAAGGAAUCUUCUGGUCUUCCAAAGAAGAUGAAACCCAAGGAAGAAGAGGAGGACGGCGAAGGGAAUGAUAAAGAUAUGGUGGAGGAGGAAGGGAAAGGUGGGAAGAUCCCACUGCAUCGCUGGGUAAUGCACGGAGCAGUGAUGUUUGGACGCGAGUUCUGCUAUGCAAUGGAAACUGCCCUGGUGACACCAGUGCUGCUGCAGAUAGGACUUCCUGAGCAAUAUUACAGUUUAACCUGGUUCCUCAGUCCUAUCCUGGGUCUCGUCUUCACGCCUCUAAUUGGCUCAGCCAGUGACAGCUGUACUCUGCGAUGGGGCCGUAGAAGACCAUUCAUCUUGGCCCUGUGCGUAGGAGUGCUGCUCGGAGUGGCACUGUUUUUAAAUGGAUCAUUGAUCGGCCUUUCCAUUGGGGACAGUCCCAGCAGUCAGCCUAUUGGCAUCGUCCUCACUGUACUGGGUGUGGUGGUGCUGGACUUCUCUGCUGAUGCCUCUGAAGGACCAAUCAGAGCGUACCUUCUUGAUGUUGCUGACACUGAGGAGCAAGAUAUGGCUCUGAAUAUUCAUGCUUUCUCUGCUGGGCUUGGAGGAGCUGUUGGCUACAUGCUGGGAGGUUUAGACUGGACUGGCACAGCUCUGGGCCGAGCAUUUAAAUCCCAGGAGCAGGUCCUCUUCAUGUUUGCAGCCAUCAUCUUCAUCAUAUCUGUCAUACUUCACAUGCUCAGUAUCCCAGAGCAACCCUUAGCUCCAUUAGAGCAACUUAAAGUCACAGGAACUGGAGAGUCCGCCAGCCAGUUGUCUUUUAGGCCCGUUAGCCGCACACCACCUUUUCUUGAUGUGAUUGCAGAGGAGGAUGGGUCAGCUCGAGCCCUGUCUAAAGAGGACAACGAAUCAGAUGCUGAGGAUGCUGAAAGAGACUUUCUUACAGUGGAGAGAGUACGGAGUAAGAGUGAUUCAGUCUUAGCAAUGCCAGAUGCUACAAUUGAGUUAGAUCCAGACCUGGACCCAGACAGGCAUCUUUUCCUGCCAGAGGCUCACCACUUUCUAACAGAGACACAGGAAGACAUGGAUGAUGCUUUCAAACCAUCAGACCACAGUAUUGGGUCCUUAUCUCCUGCUGGUGGACCACCGCUUAUUACUGAUGGGAUGGUGGUCCUGGAGCCUGCAAAUUCAGCUAGCCCUGAGCUUAAGGGUUCAACAAACAGUCAUCCUUCCCUCCUCCCCAGUUCUGACUCAGCAGACUCACAGCAGGUUAAAGCUGCCAAUGGUGUCAAUGGAAUUAAAGGCAAUGCCUCCACCAGGCUUGUGGCGCGCCCCUCCAACUCCUCUGUGUCUUCAAGGCCACAUCCUCACACCUUCUACAGACAACCCUCCUUUACUUUCUCCUACUAUGGACGAGUAGGAUCCCAGCGCUAUCGCCUGCGACGGACAGCACCUUUGAGUCCACAGCCAAUCACUACCUCCCGUAGUCUGAAUGAUCUGACCGACCUCCAGCGGUGUGCAGACAGGCGAGAGCUGCAGCUGUCAGUCAGCAGUCUAUCAUCUGCGGGCUCCAGCAUGGAGGGAGAAGCAGGCAGGGGUACAACUGUUCGGCUGCUCUGGCUUUCCAUGCUGAAGAUGCCACGGCAGCUAUGGAGGCUGUGCUUGUGUCAUCUCCUCACGUGGUUCUCCAUUAUAGCCGAGGCUGUGUUUUAUACCGAUUUCAUGGGGCAAGUCAUCUACAACGGAGACCCACAGGCACCAUCCAAUUCCACAGAGCUCCAAAACUAUCACAGAGGAGUACAGAUGGGCUGCUGGGGACUGGUGGUCUAUGCCGCUACUGCUGCUGCCUGCUCUGGUAGAAGACACUAUUUCACUCUUUCUUAUUUACGGCUUUACAAACAAUCAGUUGCCAUCCUUCAGAAGUCCCUGGAUAAUUUUGACCUGAGCAUUAAAGUCAUCUACAUUGUUGGAACUCUGGGAUUUUCAAUAGGAACAGCUUUCAUGGCGAUCUUCCCUAAUGUUUACAUUGCCAUGAUAAUGAUCAGUGGCAUGGGUAUCAUAUCCAUGAGUAUCUCCUACUGUCCCUAUGCCUUAUUAGGGCAGUACCAUGAAAUCAAAGAGUACAUUCACCACAGUCCAGCUAACACUAGAAGAGGCUUUGGUAUUGACUGCGCCAUCUUAUCCUGCCAGGUCUAUAUCAGCCAGAUUUUGGUUGCAUCAGCCCUUGGAGCUGUGGUUGAAGCAGUUGGCAGUGUGCGUGUUAUUCCUGCAGUGGCCUCUGGUGGCUCCUUCCUCGGCUUCCUUACUGCCUGUUUCCUAGUCAUUUAUCCUGAUGAGGAGCCGAGCAACUCAAAGCAGGACCAAGUCUUGGAUGUUGUGCCUACUGAUUCAAAUGGAGAAAGGACCAGUGAGCAGAGGCUAGCUCUGCUAAACCUCACAGAUGGGGAUAGUUUGAAGAAGAAUUAUUCUCUUGCCUGAGCAUGUACGUGUACUAAAAUCUUCAGGCUUAUCCUCACCAAGUACAAGCGACAGCUUGUUGGGAUUACCCCAGAUGCAUCUGCUGUCCAAAUUUGACAUCCUGUGCCUUUCUGAAGUAGGGAAGAUAAAGUAAGUGGGAAACAUGGCAGAAAGUUAACCACCCUGGAGUACGGGACUCACAAAAAACUCUGUUUUUUCCUGCUUUACUUGUGUUUAGCUACCUCAUCCUGAAAAAAUUAAUGUUUGGAUGUCUAGAAUGAGAGAAGUAAGCCAUGAAACAACAAAGAGCCACAUGAUGCUGAAUUGAAACAAGGUUAGCUUAGACUACUCAAACAAAUGUAAGCUUUAACUUCAGAGGCAAACUGAGAAGCACACAGAGCACUUUCUGUCUCACUUCUGAUCACUACUGUAACCCUGAGGCUGUGCAAUGAUGUCAGCUGUGACAUUUUACCUCAGCUGCUCCAUAACUGUGUAUUCCACAAUCACAUGUUUUUCAAAGGUGUUCUUUUUGCACCUUUUGUAUGACCUGUAGACUGAACACAGAUGUAAAUAUUUGCCCCUGGUUAUUAAUGCAAUAACUUAAUAGUAUAUGUAGUUUCUAAAAACCAGAUUUUACAGAGCUACAUGUAAAUCCUCCCACAUUAGUUGUUCACAAAAACACUUUUUAAGGAUUUCAUACCCUUUUUUUUUAUUCGCAUAGAAAAUGUUGGAACCUUUUGCAAUGCCAGAUUGUUUGCACUUUAAAGUGCCCUUUUAAGAGUGAUUUAUUGUCAUUGCCUGAACUGAACACUAAAACCCAGAAAACAUCAUCCCUCUUUAACACUUUAACACAGAAAAGAUCAAUAUGUACCUAAAUCUCCUGUUAGGAACUUUUGUUGUGUUGACUUUGGCGCCCCCUGUGGACAUAGUGGAAGCUAUUCUCUCUUUGCUAAUUACAUUGGUUUUAUUAUUCUUUUAAUUCCACCUUGUUUUCUUCUAACAGACAAUGCAUGUCUGAGAGGAAAUCUUAGCUGUGGUAAAUGUGAAAAAAAUGCUGUUUUGGCAGCAUGCAGUCAAUAACUACAAGUGGCAUCUACCCCCUGCAAGGGAUGUGAGACAUUUAAAAUGCCUUUAUAGAAAUGGGCAAUCUUUAUGCUGAUGUUAUGAUUUAAUUUUUUUCUCAUGCAUAGUCGUCAGUAUUCAUUUCAGUCUGUUUUUUAACCAUCAAAAACUCCUCAUGGUAGGUUUACGAAAUGAAGGGAGCAUUAUUGUGUUUUUGGCACUACAAUUGAGUAUGCCGAUGACCAACCAGUUGAGAUGCAGAACACUUUUGUAUAGAAUACCUGGAAGUUUACAUUUUUAGUAAUGCCAGAUUCCCAGUAAAAUAUUGACUUUUCCUCCAGUUGCAAUGUAAGUGACUACUGAAUGGCAAUUCUGAGAAUGUAUGUGUACAUGGUUGAUGAUCAAAGCCUCUGAAAUUUGACCUCAAAUGAUUUGGGGUUUGAGUGUGAUUUGUAAAACUGGGUGGUGUUCAGUUUUCUUUCUAUUGGAUCGAUUUUUAAGAAAAUGUUAUAAUACAUACAUUCCAUUUCAUCCUCAUUCAAAAACUGUGUCUUGCAUACUGCCAUGAUUCUGUCUACCUCAGAAUAACAAACAUUACAGGGAACAGAAGACUGUAGAUGAUUAUUUUAACCAAUGAGCAGCCUGCAAGAUAAUGUUUAGCUAAGUCUCUACCACAUUAUCUUUCAAUGUUGUAGAGAGACAUCUACUACACCAUGCAGUGUAAUACGCUACAAAGCCUUAUUGAAGGAACAGCAGAGUGUCCCUUUCCUUUAGUAGAGCUGUAUCAUCCUUGAAUAUGGAGUGAGUUUAAAUUCCCUGCACAACUUCAAGUUUUCUUAUGAGAACACUAUUUCUGUAUUUAGGAAUGUCACAAAUGCUGCAUGAGUAGAAGAGAAGAGCACAAACAUGGAAGGCCACGGACUGAUCUAUGCAAACUUAAAAAUCCCAUUGACGGUGUGCUAUGACCAAAUAGUCUGCAGAGGGUAGCACAUGACUCCUGUGUUCAGGUCAAGUUGAACAAAAUGAGUCAGAACAUUGUGGAAACUUCGCAAGGAUGUGUAUUUUUGGCUGAGAGAGCUUGAGACUUUUAGGUUUUGAGGCAACUACAUUUCACAGCAUGGUUAAAUAGCAGUACAAAGGGAACAUCAUCAUGCUGUGAAGUUUUUCAUAACUUGUUGAAGGGAUAUUGAUAAAAUAAAAGCUCUAAAGAAAUGACUAAUUUACAUGUAAAUAAUGAACAGAUGAUGCUUGGCUUUGUCAUUACAGGUUUUUUUAUAUUGUUCUCGGCCCUCAGAAUGUGCAGCACUGGCAUAUUGAAACCAUUUUGAUUUUAUGACUAAGAAGUUUGUCAAUGUUUUGGUUUGAAAGUCAAUCACUGGCGUGUUUUUUUUUGUGAUGUGUGGUUCUCUGCAGUUGUUCAGUGUUUAUACCAGAAAAACAGGUAUUUUUGUACCGAAUAUUUGAAAAAAGACAGAAAAAAACACCUUCA